AUGUCUUUAAUAUUAGCCAAUUUUCCAUCUUUAACUGGCAGAUUUGCAGUUGGAUGUCAUGACAUUGAAUGGAAGAGCAAAAAGCCAACCGAUCAUGACAGUAACAAACCCUCAGCAAAAUCUGUCCUCAUGCGAUUAUACUAUCCUGCAAGCGUAAAGAAGGGCGAUGUCAGAGCUAAUUGGAUUACACAUUCUCAGUAUGCUAAAGCAUUGUGCGACAUUGCAAAGUUACCAGCAUUUCUAUCCAACUGGCUAUCAGGUUUAGCGUCCAUCAAGAAGACACGGUUUUACAUGGACGCAGACAUUCUAGACGAUCAACAAAAGCCUUUCCCUGUCAUUGUAUUCUCGCAUGGUCUUGGUGGCAAUCGGCUGAUUUAUUCAAGCAUCUGCUCUGACCUAGCCAGCCAUGGGUUUGUUGUUGUGGCUAUUGAGCAUAGAGACGGUUCUGCCAGUCUAGCAAAGGGCAUUGACGAUGAGUGGAUACAGUACGAUAACGUGCCUCCUGAAAUUUGGGGAUUCAGACACCAUCAGCUUCGGCAUCGCGUGUCAGAAGUCGAUCUGUGUCUCGCUGGUCUCGAUGCGAUUGCUUUAGAGGGACUGAAUGAUGCAAAUGCCCCACACUUUAAAGGGAAACUAGACAUGAAUUCCUUGGUGAUGGCAGGCCAUAGCUUUGGAGGAGCAACUACUAUGCUUACAUUGAAUGAAAAAGACACGCGAUUCCAGUGCGGCGUCCUGCUGGAUCCAUGGGCACAGCCGUUGAUGAUGAUGGCGGACAAGCACGUUCAAAUCAAGAAGCCAGUGAUUGCCAUUCUGAGCGAGCAAUUCACAUUCUGGCCCGAUAAUUUCGAAUCCGUCAAGGAGCUGAUUGACAGCUCGACAUGCUCCAACGAGAGCCUCUGUUUGACGCUGAAUGGCACUGAGCACCAGCAUCAGUCUGAUGUGCUGCUUGUGCUGCGAUACUUUACAAUCUUUGACUUUAGGUCUCCCUUUCAAAUAGAUCCCGUACGAGCCAUUGAUCUAAAUACAGAAGCAGCGGUUACAUUUAUCAACAAAUGUAUCAAAUCCACACCAUGUCGCAACAACAACAACAACAACAACAAGCGCAAACGCAACAGCUCUGCUGCGGUCAACAGCAACACAUCCAAUUUUGGAUUUACUCGCGUCAUUAAAAAGUCCAAGGUUGCAGCAUAA